AACGCUUGCUCACACUGGAUCAUUUCUCUGACCACUUAAGUGCUUCAACCCGGUUCAGGACCAAACCAUCCGGUUUGACCCAUGCCUAUAUAGAAAGCACAAUUGGUAUACCUUCGUUUUUUUCCCUUCUGUUUGAUGUUUCUCUUUCUUAUCACAAAAUUUCUUGUCAAAUAAUAUUCUAUCUCAUCAAAAUUCAACAAAUCGUCGCCUCGGAAGUUCGCCGCCGACCUUUAUCUGAUGUCCGGGAUAUCGGUUUUGGAGCUUCAAUGAACGCGGUUCUGAAACCCUGUAUUUCAUCUGUUUGGAGAAUCUGAUUAUUGUUUAUCCGUUGGUUCUGGUGAUUUGGUGGUCCCGCCUAAAUCGCUCCUUUAGGGUUUGGAGGAAUUUGCUGUAAUUGGUGUUGCAUUUGAAGCAUUUCGGGCAAAAUAAGUUUGGAGGCUAGGGUUUUGUGUAUAAAUCAGGACAGUGGAAGACUUAUUCAAUUAGUUUGUUUGGGGAAGUUGUGGUUGGUUGAAAUUUGUUAUUUCGUUCAAGACUGGGGAAGAGAGGUGUGGGAUAAAGAAGAUAAUGUGUAUACUUUGCGUUAUUCAGAAGUUGUCAAGGAGAAUUGCUACCAUGUUGCCAUGGCUAGUAAUUCCACUGAUUGGGCUAUGGGCUCUAUCACAGCUCUUGCCCCCGGCAUUCCGGUUUGAAAUUACAUCGCCAAGGCUUGCUUGUGUGUUAGUUUUGUUGGUAACCCUGUUCUGGUACGAGGUUCUGAUGCCUCAGUUGUCGUCAUGGCGGGUCAAGAGGAAUGCUAUGCUUAGGGAGAAGAAGAGGUUCGAGGCUAUUGAAAUGGAGAAACUGAGGAAGACUGCCACGCGAAGGUGUAGGAAUUGUUUGACUGCCUAUAGGGAUCAGAAUCCUGGUGGGGGAAAGUUUAUGUGCUUUUAUUGUGGCCAUAUUUCAAAGAGGCCGGUUCUUGAUUUGCCUGUGCCUCCAGGAAUGGGUAAUUCAGGGAUUUUGAAAGAACUGGUGGGGAAAGGUGGGAAGAUAUUGAAUAGGAAGGCUUGGUCGGAAAAUGGGUGGAUGUGUGGGCCAGACUGGCUGGAGAAUGGGAAUUGGGGUGGUGGUUCUUUUGUUAGAAAAUCGAGUUACUGGAAGAAUGGUGGUGGCUUAUUUGGUGGAGAUGAUGACCAUUGUUUGGCGGAAAAAUCUUAUUCUCGUGUUUUUAUUUUUGCUUGCAAAGCAUUAACAGCAGUUAUUUUAUCUGUCAUGUGGCUUUGGAGAAAGAUUUUUAGGAUUAGUUCUUCCAGCGAUGAUGCUUCAGCUGAUUCAGAACGCAGAUUGUUGGAUAAUCAGGGCGAGAAUGGGGGGAAUGGUCAGGAGAGUAGAGGUGAGAAAGCUAGGAGAAAAGCCGAGGAAAAGAGGCAGGCUAGAUUGGAGAAGGAGCUUCUAGAAGAGGAAGAAAAAAAACAGAGAGAAGAGGUUGCAAGGUUGGUAGAGGAACGAAGGAAAUUAAGAGAUGAGAUAAUGGAGGCUGAAAGAGAACGAGGAAAGGGGUCCCCUCGUGCUAAGGAAAGAGACGGUAAAAAACAAUCUGAAAGGAAGCGUCAGGAUAAAAAGAAGGAAAGGGACAGGGGAUCAAGUAAAAGCAACUCUGAUGUUGAGGAGUUGGACAAGAGAGCAGGAAAAGAAAGUGACCAAAACAAGAAGAGUGAAAAUAGUAAACGGGAGCAACACAGAAAUACACCAGAAAAUAUGAAAGCUCAUGGCAUAGAAAUGGGGCACGGGUUUAAGGGAGCUGCUGCAAACAAUUAUAACCGUGGCACUGGUGGAACAAGAUACCUGGAUCGCAUGAGGGGCACCCUUUUAUCUUCUUCUAGAGCAUUGACCGGAGGUGGUUUUUUUGGAAAGAGUAAUACUACGUCUAGUGUUGUAAGAGAACACAAACCUAGCACAUUGGUAGAAAAUGCUCAAACCUCGACAUAUAGGAAAGAAAUAGGAACGUCAGACAGAGGUGUUUCUGGGAAAUCAACUGUAAAUGGAGAUGACAAGAGUGCUAGCCACCCUGUGACAGUUGAACCUCAACCUACAGCCCCUAAAAAAUCAUGGCAACAACUGUUUACUCGUUCAUCUGGUAGUUCUCCACCUAGUUCGAAUGUUAUAAGCAGACCAACAGGGAAGGUUAAUGAUGAUCUCCAGAGCCCACCCUUAUCUCAUCCUACUUCAACUCAAUCAUUUAACAACCCUAUUAAUUUUGGACUGCCAACUCCGUUCAGUUUACCUUCAAUUCCUUUUGGAUCAACUAGUAGCAGUACAGUUCUUUCAUUAUCCUCCGAUCCCAUGCUCCCUAAAUUGAGAGGUUCACCUCACCAGUUUUUACCAGAGGAGUCGGAGAUUUUUGAAGAUCCUUGUUAUGUUCCAGAUCCAAUAUCCUUGCUUGGACCAGUUUCUGAGUCGCUCGACAACUUUCAGCUGGAUGUGGGUUUUCUAGCUCGUACAGGGUUCGAAAAAUCAUUUGCUGUGAAAACUAAAGCUGCACCUUCCGAAGUUACGAAGCCAUCGCCGAUUGAGUCUCCUUUGUCGCGAUCACGUGUUUCGGAGGAAAAGAAUGCUAGUUCUUUCCAUUUCUCUAAUACUCCCAAGGCUCAGGAUAGUUCCAACAAUGUAAAUGACAAUGGAACAUGGCAGAUGUGGAAUAGCACUCCUCUUGGUCAGGAUAGUUUUGGUUUAGUUGGCGGUCCUGCUAGCUGGUUUUUGCAUCCAGAUAUGAACUUGCCAAACAAGGAAGAUAAUAGUCAUCAAGUGCCUCCUAGAACAAUGGCUUCCCUGUUCAAGAAAGACGAGCAAACCAUUUCCAGCACUCAUGCUCCACAGAAUGUUUUAUUUGGAAAUUCGCACAAUGCUGGAACAUUUAAUACAUCUGUUCCUGCUAAUGGUCCGUGGGUGCCUACAACUUUUUUUGGGCCAACUUCAAGUCCUGAAAACAAAAUUCUGAUGAAGCCUAAGGAGGAAGCUGUUCGGAAUCCCUUGAUUUAUGGAAAUUCCGCUGGUCCUGCUGCUAAUUCUUGGGCUAAAAAAGAAUGGAACCCGCAGGGUGGUCCGCAAGAUGGUUUUGCAAACCCUCCUCCAAUCAGUAGGCCACCUCAUAUCGGAGGGCUGUACUCACCCUCAGAUUCACAGUCUCUGUGGGCAUUCGCGGAUUCUUCAUAGGAAAACCAAAAAAAGAAAAAAAAAAAGAAAAGGAAGGAAAAUGACAGGGUUUUGAGGGCACACCUUACGAGGUAAAACAUCUUCUUCUUCAAGGAGAUUAUUAUAUAUAAUAGGACAUUGUAUCUUCCUUCUUUUUCUAUAUAAGGGAGAUUUUUUUAAUUUUAGUAUGAAAGAAACUAUCCAUGGUAAUAUGCAUCUGCUGUUGUCAAAAGAGUAUAAUUGAUGUUAACAGGACCACUAAAUUGAUCUGUUUCUCAUCUCUGCAUGUGAGAAAAGAGAGCCCACUACUAUGUAUAUGAUACGAUGAUGCCUGGUUUCCACGUAA